UCGUCCCUGCUGUUUUCCUCAGCCACUGGUCUAUGUCUGAGGUAUACAACAACACAUACGAAUGUAGCAAGCUUGACAGUUCUUACUAAAUUGCGUGCUUCGAUUCUGCGGUUCAGGUUAUUUUUUAUACAGUCUAUGGUUGUACUGUACAACCGUAGUGUACUGUACAAACUUAUUACAGAGUGAUGGCAAGCUAGGUCACGAUGAAAUCCGUCUAGUUAAUUAGCUAGCCAAUAUGGAAAGAACAUUUGACGUUCCCUUUUUAAGAAACGACUGAUGAUUCUUCUUUUUUUUCUUAGUUGGCGCUAACGUAGAUAGCUACAUAUGAAAAAAUACAGUUAUCUAACGAAGGACUAUGGAGAAUUACCACUUUAUCCGAAUCGUUGGGAAAGGUAGCUACGGUGAAGUCAGUCUUGUCAGGCACAACACUGACCGAAAACAGUAUGUCAUCAAGAAGUUGAACUUGACGACUUCGUCCAGACGUGAGCGCAGAGCAGCAGAACAAGAGGCACAACUCUUGUCACAGUUGCGGCACCCAAACAUCGUUACAUAUAGGGAGUCCUGGGAAGGAGAGGACCGUAGGCUUUACAUUGUCAUGCGCUUUUGCGAGGGGGGUGACCUCUACCAGAGGCUGAAGCAACAGAAGGGCGAGCUUCUCCCUGAGCGACAGGUGGUUGAAUGGUUUGUCCAAAUUUCCAUGGCCCUUCAGUAUUUGCACGAAAAGCGCAUCUUGCAUCGGGAUUUGAAAACCCAGAAUAUCUUCCUGACCAAGACCAAUAUAAUCAAGGUCGGAGACCUUGGGAUUGCACGAGUGUUGGAGAACCAGAAUGACAUGGCAAGCACCCUCAUUGGAACACCAUAUUACAUGAGUCCUGAGCUUCUCUCCAACAAACCCUACAACCACAAGUCUGACGUCUGGGCUUUGGGCUGCUGCGUGUAUGAAAUGGCCACAUUGAAGCACGCUUUCAACGCCAAAGACAUGAACUCCUUGGUGUAUCGUAUCAUAGAAGGAAAGCUGCCACAGAUGCCCAGUAUGUACAACCCCCAGCUUGGAGAGCUCAUAAAGAGCAUGCUAAGUAAGAAGCCAGAGGAGCGACCGGAUGUUAAGCACAUCCUCCGGCAGCCUUACAUCAAGCAGAAGAUUUUCAUGUUUCUGGAGGCUACAAAGGAGAAAACCGCUGAGUCCAGAAAGAAAGGUCUCAACAACAGGCCCAGUGACUCUUCCUCUGUGGUCUUGGCAGACAUAAAAUGUGAACAGCCCCUUCAGUCACCCUCUGAUCACUGCAAAAGGGAAAAACCGAAGGAAGAAAAACAUUCCCAGCAUCACAAAGCCAGCAGUGUUCACGAGGAACCCUCCUCCUCAGCAGUAGAGCUGGUCCCAAAAGGGCCUGUGCAGGACUUUCUGAACAGCACAGAUGUGUCCUUAGCAACCGUCAGUAACGUCAAUAUUGAUAUCCAGCCCCGGGAAGACGAAGGGCUGCAGGACGCGGUGCCACCACUGCCCGAGCCACCUCGGAGCAUCAGUAAGCAGCCCGAGCCAGCAGAGAACACAAGGAGCAGGAAAGAGUAUCCCUCUCCACCACAGUCCUGGGGCGGGGCGCCAGUGUCAGGUGUCACCAGUGGGGAGGAAAAGAGGGUGUCGGAUGGCUCCAUGACGCAGGACUGUCCCCUCCCGCCAGGAGUGAGACCGGCGGACAGAGGCAAAUGGACCGUCGGGAGUCAGCCGCCUCCUAUAAACAUGGACGAGAAAAAUGACACAGUGAACCUGCUCCAGGAUGUGGACAGAGAAAACCAGAACAGAAGCCCUGAACUAAAGGAGAGCUUGGACUCAACAGAACAGCUAUUGGAACCAUUUAUUCCUGUCACCGUUGCGGAAUUCCCCCAUCAAGAUCCACUCCCACCUGUCCCAGAGCAGGGUGUGCCCCAGCUGCAACUCCCCUCUUAUACCUCAGAAUCCUCCCUGUCCCAUCAACACAGACAGAGGGACGGAGAGAAGCCACUGACUGAUCAAGACAGGGUAAAGACGGUCUCUUCCCGACCUUUGCCACCACCCCCUGGAGAUGCUUUUACAGUCAGUAAGAAGGAUAAGCACAGUGGCCGUGCGGCUAAGACAAAGCGUGUCAGUUCAUCAUGUCCCUCAGACUGCGGGUCUAAAGACGGUUCCAUAGCAGCAUCACAGGAUCGUCCCCUGACAGCAAGAGAGCGAAGACGUCUGAAACAAAAGGAAGAGCCCUUCAAUUUAGGUGUCCCUGUGCUGAGUCAAGCAUCCUAUAAUGUCACCCCUUUGGAGAGGGAGGAGGUAGAUUCCCAGAAUGCAAACGUCUGCCCUUCUUUAUCUGACACUGCCAUCGAAACAAACAAGGAUAGGUCACAACUGCAAGCUCCAGAAGAGGAUGAGAGUGGCUCCUCCACUAGCUCCACUGAUCACUCAGAAGGGGACUACAAAGAGAGGAAGAACAAGAGCAAUGAGAUGCAAGAUCUGGUCCAGUUGAUGACCCAGACACUACAAAUGGAUUCCAGAGAUCCAGCAUGCGAGCAUGAUGGCCCUGAAUCUGGCUCUACACAAAUGCCUGAGUUCAGACUGAAUAGGAGAUACAGAGAUACCUUGGUUCUAUAUGGAAAGGCCAAAGAGGAGCAAGAGGAGUUCCAACUCAGUGAAGUUCCCUCAGAUGUUACUUCUGGUUCUGCUAAGAUAAGGAGAGCAAUUGAACGCUUACGAACUGAUGUUGUGAGGGGACUGGGGAUGAAGCUUCUGGACAGAGUUAUGGAGAUUAUGGAAGAAGAUGAUGAAGACAAGAGAGAGCUUCAACUUCAGGAACAAAUGGGAGAGGAAAAGUACCAGGCCUAUGCUGUGAUGGUGCGGCAACUAAAAUUCUUGGAAGAUGUUGCUUUCAAAGAAUAAGGAGUCUAAAGAAUGAAUGGAAAAUUACAGCAAUGCAACUGCCAGUGCCUUUGUAUGGCUGAUGUCUGGACCACAUUCACACAUGGCUAAAAAGGAAUCCCUCUGAAUAUGCAGUUUAAAUCAAUAUUGUUUCUCCUUUCAUGCAACUGUGUCUUGUAGAUUUCUUUGUGAUGCAAUCUAAAUUAUAAUUUGAAUAUUGUUUUAAUAGAAUGCAUUUGAUAGACUAUAUUCACAAAUAAGACUAGUGUGAUAAAUCUGAUUUCAGAUUCAAAUGAAAUCAAAUAAAUAUUUAUAACCCCAGAAAACCUGUAGUACUUGAAGUAACCGAUUUGGUAGGAUAGUUUGAAGUAUGUCAACACAAAUGCAGGACAAUGCUUUAUUUACAUACUGUAUCAGAGACAGUCACACUGUUUCAUUUGUGCUGUUACCAUCUGUAUGAAUUAUAUAUUCUAUAUUCUCAUGUUUGGGAUUUUUUUUGAGGUGCAAAAUACUUCUACAAAAGCAUUUAAUGUAUCAGGUCUGUCUGGUAUACACAAAUGGUCACCCACAGUGGCAUCAGUGCAAUAAAUGAAUCCACAUAUAGAAAAAAAUAACCCACAGCACUAAGCUGCCAUUUUCUUUGGUGGAAUUUAUUAGACACAUGGAUAAAAAUAAAAAUAAACAUUUUGGUAAAAGAAAAAUUAGUAAUAAUUAUCCAGUUGUUACUUAUUUCCCUAAGGGUUGAACUUGCAGAGGAUAAUGAAGAAGGUCUGCUUGGGAUAAACUGUAGAAAGUGAACUGAAAUCCUGGGGUUUUGCACAGGCAGUAAUGCACUACUUGUGCUUUCGUGGCUUCUUUGUGUUUUCCUGAGUCUUCUCUCGCCCAUCUCCCGGUGAUUCUGGCAAUACUGGCUGCCAAGUCAAAGGGUUUCUCCGGUACAUAGGCCAAGGUGGCAGAGUGAGC